UUAAAAAAAAAAUUAACGCGGGGCAGUGCGGGUCGCGGGUCGCGGAUUUUUUAAAACCAAAAUCUUGAACUAAAGUCUAAAACGGUACCAGCCUACCAGAUCCUAAAUCUCGAACUAAAACCUAAAUACAGUCACGACUCACGUUGUCACACCCAGGCCACAGCGCACUCAGCCCGUCGGCCGUCGCCGGAGUGCCUCCCAUCAGCCUUCCAUCAGCCCUCACCGACUCUCUUACAGACUGUAAGUUACAAAAAGUAUGGAGUCUCAAGGCGAACAAAAUCCAAUGUGUUCAUCUUCAAGUACAAUUCCUAUUGAGAUUGAGAGUCGAGGGCUUAUGCAAUCUGAUGAAGUUAAUAUGGAAGUUGUUGAUGAAACAGGUAAAAGAAAACUUAGUUCUGAUGCAUGGAAAUAUUACAAAGUGGUGAAGCUUGAUGGUGCUCGCUUUGGUGUUUGGCAAUGGAGUGCAUCACAUGAAGUUUGUGAAAAGUUGCAGCUGUUUCACCGUAUCACUGAACAAUUCUCGGGGAGUCAAUAUCCAACUUCAACUCAAUACUUUUCAAAAGUUUGUGAUAUUAAUCUAGAAUUGGAAGCUUGGGUGAAAAGUUUAAAUCCUUUGAUUAGCUCUAUGGCAUCAUCAAUGUGGUUGAAAUUUAAAAAAUAUUGGGAUGAUAUGCAUAUUUUGAUGGGGGUAGCUACUAUCUUUGAUCCGAGAUUUAAGAUGAAGUUGGUUGAGUUCUAUCUUGCACAAAUUUAUGGUGAAGAAACUUUACAUAAAAUUCAAGAAGUUCGAAACCAUUGUUUUGAUCUCUUUCAAGAGUAUACGAGCAGAGUGGUUGCUUCACAUGAGUCAUUUCAAGCAUCUAGUUCUAAUGAAGUUGCUGGUGUUGUUGAGGGUGAUCGACUGUCUAGUUUCGAUAGAUUUGUCGCUUCGAGUAGCGCGAAUGUGGACCCAAGAUCGGAGUUGGAGUCAUAUUUAGAAGAAGGUGUGCUACCUCGUACGCCAUCAUUUGACAGUUUAAGCUGGUGGAAGACAAACAGAUUAAAAUUUCCUACUUUGCAAAAGAUAGCUCGUGACCUCUUAGCCAUUCCUAUCUCUACCGUUGCUUCAGAAUCGACCUUUAGCACUAGUGGGAGAUUGAUUAGCCCGCAUCGUAGUAGACUUCAUCCUACUACUUUGGAGGCGUUGAUGUGUGCUCGCACUUGGUUAUGGAACGAGAUAAAUGGUUCGUGUUCAAGCAUUGAUAGAGUUUCAUGUCCGACGAUGCUUGAUGAAGAAGAAGAUCCAGAUGUUUCGGUUGCUUGAUAACUGAAGGAAGUCGGAGAUGCAUUAUUUCUGAUGAAGAAGAAGAUCCCAAUGUUUUAAUUUUUGCUUUGUUGUAACAGACUAAUCAGAGUUCUCAUUUAGUAUUAUUUCUGCUG